AUGGAGGAUCUGUGCAGUCUGAGUGGUCUGGAUCCUCUAUGGGACUGGAAUGUCACUUGGUACACCUCCAGACCUCACCUGACACAGUGUUUCCAGCACACUGUUCUGGUGUGGCUGCCCUGUGUUUACCUGUGGACCUGUUCUCCUCUUUACCUGCUCUACCUGCAGCUCCGCCCACAUCCAGGAGUUAUCCCACUCUCCAAGCUCUGCUGCAGCAAGACGCUACUGGGGCUCAGUCUGGCAUCCUUUGGUCUUUUGGAGAUCUUUUACAUCCUAGUUAGGAAGAACGAGGAGAUUCAGAAGCACCUCUUGGUCAUGAUUGGUCCACUGAUCCGGAGCCUCACUCUCGUUCUUGCUGUUGUGAUCAUCCAGGUGGAGCGGAUGAAGGGCAAUCGAUCCUCUGUCAUCCUUUUCCUCUUCUGGACUCUUCUGGUUCUUUGUUCCCUGGUUCCUCUGAAGGUCGAUAUCGAGCAGAUUAUUGAUCAGGGAUUUUCCUCUGAUGCUGUUCGUUUCGUUGCGUUCUUCAUCCGAUUUUCUCUCCAGCUCAUUGAGCUCGUCCUGAGCUGCUUCUCUGACCGCCGACAGCUGUCAAAAAAACACACCUACUCCCAGAAUCAGUGUCCAGAAGAAGACGCCUCUUUUCUCUCCAGGUUUUUCUUCUUCUGGUUCAGCAGUUUGGUGCUUCGAGGUUACCAGCGCCCCCUACAGUCUGAAGACUUGUGGUCUCUACGGGACGAGGACUCAUCACUGAGGAUCAUGACGGACCUGGAGAAGUUCUGGACUCGGAAUUGCAAACUGCUGCAGUAUGAAAGACCAUACCCGUCCAGCUCCCAGUCCUGGUUUGAACAUUCUGCCACUCUGACAGAGAAAACCCACCUGCUGACGAAGAACCAGAAGGGGCAGGGCUAUGGCCUUGUUCUCCUGCGUGCUGUGGGACGGAGCUUCGGGCUUUACUUCAUGUGUGGGACUCUGUGUCUCCUUUUGCAUGAUGCCUUCAUGUUCACAGUGCCCCAGGUGCUCAGCUUGCUGCUGGGAUUCAUGCGGGACAGAGACGCUGAGAUGUGGAAAGGCUUCCUGUUUGCCUCGCUGCUCUUCCUGCUGUCCUGCCUUCAGUCGCUGCUGCACCAUCAGUACAUGUUUUAUUGUUUCACUGUGGGGAUGAGGCUGAAGACGGCCAUCAUGGGCCUCGUCUACAGGAAGUGUCUGGUGAUCAGUAGUGCAGCGCGGCGUGGCUGCACUGUGGGAGAAAUCAUAAAUCUGGUUUCAGCGGACACUCAGAAGCUCAUGGAUUUUGUGGUUUAUUUCAAUAGCAUCUGGAUCGCCCCCAUAGAGAUCGCACUGUGCUUCUACUUCCUGUGGCAGCUCCUGGGUCCAUCAGCUCUGGCCGGUAUCACUGCUGUUGUUCUGAUCUUCCCUUUGAACGGCUUCAUCGCUAAAAUUAGAAGCAAGCUUCAGGAGGUUCAGAUGACAUUUUUGGAUGGUCGAAUCAAACUGAUGAAUGAGAUCCUGAGUGGUGUAAAGAUCCUGAAGUUUUAUGCCUGGGAGGAAGCAUUCCUACAACGAGUUUUCACCCUGAGAGACGGAGAACUCCAGGCCCUAAAGAAAUCUCAGAUCCUUUACUCCGUCUCUCUGGCCUCCUUCAACUCGUCGUCCUUCCUGAUCGCCUUGUCAGUAUUUGGACUUUACGUGUUGAUGGAUGAAGGAAACGUCCUGGAUGCUCAGAAAAUCUUUGUGUCUGUCGCAAUCAUCAACAUUUUGAAAACUCCUCUGAGUCAGCUUCCCUUCGCCAUGAGCACGGCCAUGCAGGCCAUCAUCUCACUCAGACGUCUGGGAAACUUCCUCUGUCAGGAUGAACUUAAGCUUGAUAACGUGGAGAGACUUCCUCAAAGCACAGGUGGAUAUGGUGUAAGGGUCGAGGGAGGGACCUUCUCCUGGACCAAUGAUGGGCCGCCAUGUCUGCAGAGGAUCAAUGUGAAUAUUAAGACAGGCUCCCUGGUCGCUGUGGUAGGCAAUGUUGGCUCAGGGAAGUCAUCCUUGCUGUCGGCCAUGUUGGGGGAGAUGGAAAAGAGGAGUGGCUUUGUGUCCAUCAAGGGUUCAGUGGCGUACGUCCCCCAACAGGCCUGGAUACAAAACGCCUCCCUGAAGGACAACAUCCUGUUUGGUGGAGACAGGAAGGAGAGUUGGUACCAUCGAGUUCUAGAGGCGUGUGCUCUGCUGCCGGACCUCGACAUCCUGCCUGCAGGAGACAAUACUGAGAUCGGGGAGAAGGGUCUAAACCUUUCUGGAGGGCAGAGGCAAAGGGUUAGUCUGGCGCGGGCUGUCUACAGGAAGUCAGAUGUUUACCUACUGGAUGACCCUCUAUCAGCCGUUGAUGCUCAUGUGGGACAACACAUCUUUGAUCGAGUUAUUGGACCAAGAGGACUCCUAAAAGACAAGACCCGGGUUUUGGUAACACACGGACUCAGCUACUUGUCUAAGGUGGACCUGGUCCUAGUGAUGGACCAGGGUCAGAUCUCUGAAAUGGGCUCCUACAAGGAGCUGAUGGACAGGAAGGGAGCCUUUGCCAAAUUCAUCCACACUUUCAGUGUAACCCAGCACAGAGAGAGCUCUGCCCCCAAAGACAAGAGUAGCAGGAAGUCGAUGUCUCGACUCAGUAUGACAGAUUAUUCCACCGAUCUUUCUCAGGAGCAACUAAUCAGGUAAGAACACAAACUACACACCAAUGUUCAGAUGAUGGAAGCCGUCGAUCUGGACGUUGAGGAUGCUGGGAAACUGACCGAGGUGGAUAAAGCUCACACAGGGAGGGUGAAGCUGCAGGUGUACCAAGAGUACUUCAGAACUGUUGGCCUCACCUUCAUCAUGACCAUCGUCUUCCUCUGUGCCUUCCAACAGACAGCCUCAUUGGCCUACAGCUAUUGGCUGAGUCUGUGGGCUGACGAGCAGCCAUUCAAUGGCACGCAUAGUGACCAUGUGCUGAAACUCAGCGUGUUUGCCGCUCUGGGCUUCACACAGGGGAUGGCCAUGUUUGGAACGACGCUCGCCAUUGCUAUGGGUGGUAUUGUUGCAUCACGUCACCUUCAUGCUGAUCUUCUGCACAGCGUCCUGCACUCGCCUAUGUCUUUCUUUGAGGUGACACCCAGUGGAAACCUCCUGAAUCGCUUCUCCAAAGAGAUUGACGCCAUCGACUGCAUGAUUCCAGACGGGCUGAAGAUGAUGUUAGGCUAUCUGUUCAAGCUUCUGGAAGUCUGCAUCAUUCUGCUCCUAGCCACGCCCUUUACGGGGCUGGUGCUCCUCCCUCUUACUUUUGUCUACAUCUUCAUACAGAGUUUCUAUGUGGCUUCUUCGUGUCAGCUGCGACGGUUGGAGGCAGUGAGUCGCUCACCGAUCUACAGCCACUUUAAUGAAACGGUGCAGGGUGCUGGCGUCAUCCGAGCUUUUGGGGAACAGCAGCGCUUUGUCCUGCAGGCUUCCCACUAUGUUGACAACAACCAGGAAGCGUAUUUUCCUCGCUUUGUUGCUACCAGAUGGCUGGCGGUGAAUCUGGAGUUUUUAGGGAAUCUGUUGGUUUUGGCUGCAGCCGUGAUGUGUGUUCGAGGUCGGGAUGAACUCAGCCCAGGCAUCGUUGGAUUGGCAGUGUCACACUCUCUCCAGGUGACAGGAAUUCUGAGCUGGAUUGUUCGAUCCUGGACUGAUGUGGAGAACAACAUUGUGUCUGUGGAAAGAGUGAAAGAGUAUGAUGAGACACCCAAAGAGGCAGCAUGGACCCUCGAGGGCAUUUUGCUGCCGACUGCCUGGCCGACCUCAGGAAACAUCCAGUUUGAAGACUAUGGACUACAGUACCGUAAAGGUUUGGACUGGGCUUUAAACGACAUCUCCAUCAACAUACAGGACAGAGAAAAGGUCGGGAUUGUUGGGAGGACAGGAGCUGGGAAGUCGUCUCUGGCUUUGGGAAUCUUUCGGAUUCUGGAGGCAGCAAAAGGACGAAUCUUCAUUGACGGGAUCAACAUUGCUCAUAUCGGCCUUCAUGAUCUUCGCUCCAGAAUUACCAUUAUUCCCCAGGAUCCUGUUCUGUUUUCAGGUUCUCUCAGGAUGAACCUGGACCCCUUUGAUUCCUAUUCAGAUGAGGAUCUGUGGAAAGCUUUGGAACUGGCUCAUCUCAGUAGCUUUGUGUCUGCACUUCCACAAAAACUAAACCAUCAGUGCUGCGAGGGUGGAGAGAACCUCAGUCUUGGUCAGCGGCAGCUUCUGUGCCUGGCCAGAGCUCUCCUGAGGAAGACAAGGAUCCUGGUUUUGGAUGAAGCCACUGCAGCUGUGGACCUAAAGACAGACCAACUGAUCCAGUCGACCAUUCGCACUCAGUUUAAGGACUGUACAGUCCUUACCAUUGCUCAUCGCCUCAACACCAUCAUGGAUUACAGCCGGGUCAUCGUGAUGGACAGAGGCUCCAUUGCAGAGAUGGACUCUCCCUCUCAGCUGCUCCACAUGCACAGUCACUUCUAUCAGAUGUGUGUAGAGGCUGGUGUAGCCUGAUGCUCAUCUCCAAUCAAACCAAAGACAUUAUCCAGAUUUAUAAUGACUAACUUUCCGUUAGUUGUUCAGUCUUUCAAGUUCCUUAACAUCAGAAAAUCUGUUUGAGCUUGUUUAAUGUUUUGCUAGUUUUUUUCUUUUUUACCACAGCUGCCUUAUUCAAAAGAUUAAAAACAAUUCAAAAUGAACAAAGCAAUAACUUGUCUAAACUAUACAGCUCACCUGAGAAAUGUCUUUGUUUAUAAGGGUAAUUUUAAGGUCUGUUUUAUGUCAUAAAAAAAUAAUGUUUAAUAAAAGAACUGUAAAAUU